AUGGUAGCUGUGUGUGUGUUGGUUCUUAGGUAUCAGCCAGACACAGUAGGCCUCAUCAAAGAAAAUAGCUCGGAAACAAGCUUGAGUUCGCAUUUGGCGGAGAAAAACAUUUCCAAGGAAGAUACUCCGCUGUUAGGAGUGCUCUUACGAGAUGCCCGCAAGCCAUCGCGUAAAACGGCUUUGUUAGCGCUAAUUGCCACAGUUGUUAGCUGCAUUGGUUUUGCAGGUGUUUGCGCGCUGAUUAUUUGGGCUUCGCAUGACUUGUUACAGGCGAGGUGGUGGGCCAUUUUAAUGAUGGUUCUAGUAGGCGCGGCAGCUAUUGGCUCCAUGGUUGUGCUCCUUUUGUUACCCCAGAAUAAGACGCCCCUACCGUUUAAGGUCCCAUUCGUUCCUCUGCUGCCUCUCCUCUCAGUGUUCAUCAACUUAUUCCUGAUUUUGAAGCUCUCUUAUUUGACCUGGAUACGAUUUGCUGUUUGGAUGGUGAUUGGUGAGUACUUUGAUCGUUAAAACAAUGACUUUUGCCUAUAUUAUUGUUGUAGGGUAGGGGGUAGAUUAGGUUAGAUUAGUCGAAGAGGGUGUAGAAAGGUACAAAAAGGAGCGAGUUUAACAGGACCAGGUUGUCAAAAGCGUUCAAAGCUUAGGCAACAGUAUGGAAAAGACUGUCAUAAUAUACGCAAAAUAAAAACGCGAAUUCAGUUUUCUUCGUUAUGUCGGUAACAAUAAGCUACUUUGGUUUUGCAACGCAUGAGUCAGUCGAUACUUCUAUUGUCUUCAGUUGCGAGUGGCGUUUGCAGUUGUAAUUUCAUUGUGCACCAAGAGUUGAACUGCACUCCGUGAGUUUUAUGGGACGGGGAAUUUAAUGGCAAUUGAGGGGACAGGUGAGGAGUAACAGCCCCGGAAUCAGCGAAUUCCAGAGCUGCGCCCUCCUAAAAACGCCGGUACUGCAUGAUAUAUUGCUGUUUUUGAAAGGACAACUUGUGUAAACCUUUUUCUCUGUUUUUCUAGGCUUGUCUAUUUACCUGUUUUAUGGUCUACGACACAGC